CUGUACACUACCUUGCUAACGUCAUUACUGAUCCGUGGGUUUCUAUCUUCUAAUAUUCACUAUAUCAACUCAUUCUAUAGAUCAGAGAUGAAUUUAUACGGCAUAAGAAUAUAUUCACUAUAUCAACUCAUUCUUCGAGGACUGUAUCUACUCCGACAUGGAGAUCAUCACCGAGGCCAUUACCGAUGCACGAGAAUGGUAGAGCUCUCAACGUUUAUCAACCAAAGUACCCAAUGUGGCUCCCCGGCCCAAGGGAACUCCAAACACCAUUUUCCCUCUCAAUCCUGCCUUCUGUGGCUACUUGCCAUGUUGAUGCUGCAUGGGAUUCUCUCUCGGGUGAUUGUGGAUUAGGAGUGAUUUACUCUGGUUCUCCUUGUGACAAUUGCUCUCCUGCUUAUGCGAGUCCCGUAAACUUGUCUCUUUGGCGCUUAUGGCUGAGGCCUUUGCCGUCCGCUUCGCAGUUAUGACAGCUACGUUUUUAAAUAUGAGAUCCCUUGUGAUCCUGUUGGUUUCGCUCACCCUCAUCAAGCUCUUGAAAGCAUAAGAGUCUAGACCAGCUGUGUUUAGUAUUUUGUUUGAUAUCUAUCAUUUUAAUUUUUAUUUUGAUGUAAUUUUGUUUAGGUUUAUCCUUCGUCUGUAAUAUUUGGAGGUUGAUUCAGUAGAACCUUUUAUGAUUAAUGAAAUGUGUGUUUGUUCAAAAAGAAAAAAAAAACUAGUUUCAAGUGGAUGACUUGUACUUGAGCGGGGUUCGCAAGCAUCAAUUCUGUAAGAAAUGAAGUUUGUGGGCAAAGAAAUUUCAACUAUUGACAACAUAUAUAAAUUCUGAAGAUCGAUCAAUUUUCAUGUAUUUAGUUUAUCUUUAGGGGAAGUAAUCUAUGAUCAUCUGCUUGGGUUGCAAAAUAAAUUAUAGAAAAAACCCGGCCAUAACUAAAUGGAUUUUAAAUUUAAUACAGUACUGCGAAAUGAGGAUGGUCGAUUUAAACUUUAAAAAACGAUCUGUAAAAUUUAUUUUGAAAAAUUUGGGGGUUUUAGAUAAGGCAGCUAACAUAUUAGUUAGGCCUCUGAUUGCCGGUAACUCAAUAACAUUUGUAUGCUUUGAUUCGUACACAUAAACAACAGAACACAUUCUAGAUCAACAGUUACGAAAAUGCUCGUUUCAACACGCACGUGUGUGAUGUUAAAAAGUGUAAAUUACAAAACAUUAAAGAAGGCACGAUCGAGAAAAUGAGUCAUGGUUUUUGGUAUCGAUGGGCCUAAAGAACAACUAUCAUUUAUAGUAAUUUAUAUAAGGCCACUAGAUGACCCAGUUUGGCCCAAGUUAUUAGUAGGCCCUGAUCUCAAACCCUACGUACCUUCAAUAUUAACAUGUUUAGAAAAUUUUGGAACACGUACGUAACUAAGAGUGAGAAAUCAAACACGAAUUUGUAUAAGGCAAAAUUAGGAAUACUUCUGGUAAAGGAACAAGACGACGUGCAAAGAGGUUCUGUCGACACAAGCUGGUUUAUAUAUCAUAUAUGCCGUCUUACUUGAAAUUUGUUUUAAUAAUAGUUUAAUAUGUUUGUCUGAUAUAAGGGUUGUUUUUUUUUAAUAGAGGAGAUAUAUAGUUGUUGAUAAGCACGAACUUGUCGCGUUAACAUGUGAACAUCGGACGCUAAACCAUAUUCAUUUUCCUGGUCCCUAAUUAUGAACUUUUAAUAUCAUGCAUUUAAUUUGAUUCGUGUGAAGAUCCUUUUCUCGUGUGUGUUUCUUGUGAUUAUCCAUGCACACGAAGUUGCUGGAACAACGAUAUCAGAAUUAGACUUAAUCAUCGGCCAUGUGUGAGUAUUGAGUCUGUUGACACACACGAUUAAAAGCAAAUUUACAUACAUGCAUAUGUGCCGACGUGCAUGUUAGAUUUACAUAUAAAAUCAAAUUAUCCAACAUAUUAACAUAUGCUUCUUUACAUAAAUUAUCCAGCUAUAGGUUAUUUGAGAAAUGUCAAAGCCGAAUUAUAAUUAAAUUGUUUAUGUGGUUGGCCAUUAUUUGCAAUUACAGUUGGAUUUUUAAAUUUAAUUAAGUCUUUGCUGAUUAUACGUUACAUACGUGUUGAUGAUAAAAUGAUUUGCUUAUCUACUAGGUCUUUGUUGAUAGUUUAUAUACAUGUUGAUGAUAUAUUAAUAUGCUUAUCGACUAGAUCUUUGUUGAUAGUUUACAUACAUGUUGAUGAUAUAUUGAUAUGCUUAUUUAGGUCAUCACUGAUACUUUUCAUACAUGUUGAUUAUAUAUACACUGAUAUGUUGUAACUAAUUCGUUAAUUAUAGAAAUGUAUAAUAAACAACCACCGACAAAAGAAAAAAAACAAACAAACACCGUGUGAAGACGAAUGAAUUCGAUAUUUAACCAUCAAUCAAUAUUUCUCUGAACAUCACCGAAAGUUAUACCCGACCCUAACCGGGUUAUUAAUUCGAAUUUGAUUAGCCGGUUUAGAAUUCGUCUUACUUCUUCUUCUUCUUCUUCUAUAUAUAACCCAACUGUUCUUGAAUCUUUCUUUCUUGUGCUUUACUCGUUCAUUCGAUUUCAAAUCUCUUCUUGACUUUUUUCACAUCCAUUGAAAUGGGAAUCUGUGUAUCGCUCAAUCGGAGAGACUCCAAUUCUCCCCCAACGGUGAAGAUCGUCUCCGUCAACGGCGAUCUACGGGAAUACAAUGUUCCGGUGCUAGCAUCUCAGGUCCUUGAAGCUGAAUCAUCGGCGGCGGCGGCGGCGUCUUCCUCUUAUUUCAUCUGCGAUUCGGAUUCUCUCCACUACGACGAUUUCAUCCCGGCGGUCAAAUCGGAAGAGCCGCUUCACGCCGAGCAGAUCUACUUCGUCCUCCCGAUCUCCAAACGGCGGAACCGUCUGACGGCGCCGGACAUGGCGGCUCUCGCCGUCAAAGCAAGCGUCGCGAUACAAAACUCCGUCGGGAAAGAUUUUCGGCGGCGUAAAAAGGGGAGGAUCUCGCCGAUCAUGACGCUUAAUCAUCAGCCUAACGGUUCCGUUGCUGCCGUUAACGGAGAAGCAAGCGAGUCAACGGCGGUUAGUAAGGGAAGACCGUUGGUGAAGAGAACGGCGACGUAUAAGGCUUCGAGUGGUUAUAACCGGUCCGGUUCGGUACGUAAUUUGAGAAGGCAUACUUCGAGGCGAGCAAAGUUGGCGGUUCGAUCGUUUAGGCUGAAGCUUUCAACGAUCCACGAAGGCUCCGUCGUUUAGAUUGGCUAUAUAAUAACUCUUUGUCGUAUUUAUUUUUGCGAGGCUCAAACAAAUGAGAAAUUAAAAAAUGAAAAACCAGUAUUAGAAUAUAAGCAUAAUAUUAUUUGCAAUUUUGUUUUCGUUUGUUAUAAACUGAUGCAAGUCUGUAUGUUUGAUUGUAUAUAGAAAACUCUUGUAUAUAUUGGUCACGUACCUCACGCUAUAGAAAAGCAUAUAUGUUACCAAAUAAUGUGUGUAUAUAAAUGUGAUUGGCCAUGUUACUACAAUAAGACAA